AUGAGCGACUCGGUUGUGGCUGGGGCGGUGCAGACACGACUUUCUACCUCGGGCGCUGUGGUGCCCAUUCGACAGCUGGGCUUCAUCUCUCGCUUCACCAAAUCGAUCAAGAAAUAUCUCUUGCAGCCCUUCGUUGUGGGCUUCGCCGUGGCCCUUGGCAUGAGCUUUGGCUACUCAGCGUACGACGCCAUUGUGCAUCGGGUGGCUACCUUCUGGAAGAGCUAG